CUGCGCAAACUUUUCAAUCGGCUUCGUUCGGCUGGGCAUUUUGAGGGCUUUUGGAAGGACGUGAUCGCAGAUAUUGAGCGUUAGUGAUGGUGUUGAUGUGAAGAAGAGGCGUGAACGGGAGGUGCAAGGUUCUGGCGAUCAACGGAAACCUUAAAUUGUUAGCGCGGCUGAUCCCAGCCACCCCGAAAAGUCGCGCUGCGAUUUGGGUACGAGGCGGGUGCUCAUCAGAUAACGCGCGCGUAGCUCUCGACCCGACGUUCCUUUCUCAUUCCAGACGCUUCAACCUCGGACGCUUUCUUGCUUUUUGGUCAUUGUCUCCGUUCAGACUCUUGUCGCAUCGAAUCUUCCUGAGAUCCGUGCUUCCUGAGUCGAAUCAUACACUUGCUUGUCUUGAACUCUACCUACCCUCUUCAAUCCAAUUGCGACAGUACCACCAAUACCGAUCGUCAUCCCCACACCGAAUGCCUUGUUCGAUAUGCAAGCCACAGGAUCCCUCUAUCAGGAGGGGCACCCUUAUAGGGGGUUAGAAUAUAGCAAUGAAGGUACGUACUCGUGUGUUUGACUAUACUAGCUGGCUGAUAAUGCGAUAGACAUCGAAGUCCUCCAUAUGAUGGUCAAACGCGCCAUGGAACUUUUCCCAACACUUCCGUAUCGCGAGCAACUGAACACGUUCGCAUUGUUCCGGGCAUACUACGAGAUUCUUCCUAGCAUUGGUAGAGAUCCAAAUCACGAUAAUCGAUAUGCUCGCGUCUUGUUUAAGAUCGGAGGGUUACGAGGUCCUGAGACCAUGCUGAAAAAGUUUGAGCGGGUACUUGCGAAGAUGAAUAUCAUAGUCGAAUAUUAUCGCGAGGAGUAUGGCGAGGAGUGGGAGGGAGAAAACUCUAUGCGACGAGAUAAUCCGACGAUCGGGACCAUCCAAUCGAGGUACGAGGACAGGUACCAGGACACCAUGAACUCAGACAAGUUACCACGGCGAAAUUCUGAAAGUACCAAGUGGGAUUUGGGCACCGAAAACCCAUCGACUCGCCAGACCAAAAGCGCAGAUGGGGAUAUGAAUGGAGAAAGACGGGAGGAAUUUAUACGGGAAAUGCAGCGGUCGCGACCCUCAGCUCCGGUACCAGAACAAAUGAGAGAGCACCCAGCAGAAAACUCGCGCGAGCUUGUCGAAGAUUGGCUCCAUACUCACCAGGCGAAGCCGAAACGAUUCCGUGGAAGAUCUGAUAUGACAAUUGACAGUGUAGGGGCACACCAGAGCGAGACUUCGACAUCCUAUGACCGACGUAGUUCACCGCCAAUUUCGUAUUUCCCACCUUCCGACGAGUUUCCAGAUCCCAGCGACACUGCUAUAACCUCAAACGAGCUUGCAGAGCCCGAAGAGCCUGCCGAUUCGGACCAACAGACUCCUAAUAUGAUGAACAUCAAAGCAUCAGUAGUCUUUCAAUAUAAUUCAGCGUUAGCAGCGAAGCAUCAGGUACAGCAAUGGCGAGAGAGGGCUCUCGAAAUUAGGAAUCGCCGUUUACAGAUGGAGAGAGUGGCGGAUACACACGAUCGAACCGUUUUAAUGUCUGGUGCUCUGGCAGGUUGGCGUGCCCUCUCGAUUGAAAGGCGACAAGCGAAAGAAAGUGAAAUAUUUUAUGAGCAUCUGGAGGAACGCGCGGAAAAAGCCAGAGAUCUGUAUCUUACAUCGAAAGCGCUACAGCACUGGGCGAAUAACACCCAGGAGCAAGUCGCAAGGACAACAGCUGCACGAAAUCACAUUGUUGAAUCUCGAUGUUUUAAUGCUUGGCAUCAAAUCACCACAGUCAAUGAUUUCAAAGUUAAGAGGAACGUACUCAAGAAAUUCUUUGGUGUUUGGAGGAAACGCAAGGAGGAAGUCGACAGCCAUAAUUCCGCAGCUAUCCAAAUUUACCAAGAGAAUCUUGCUCACAAAGUAUAUUGGAAAUGGGUUCACGAGAUAUGGGAGAACAGGGCGUACGAGUUCUAUACAGAUGGGUUGAAAUGCCGAAUGUUUUACAGCUGGCAGUCUAAACAUCAACAAAUGUUGGAACGUGAGAGAAUUGUCGAGCAAAAUCAUCGCGACCAGAUUGCACACAACGCAUUGUUGGUCUGGAAAGAUGGAAAGGCCAAACGUAUACGACAAGAGGCGCAAGCUGCAGCAUUUUACAGAACCAAGGCUCUUAGCAAUGCGCUCAGAAACUGGGGAAAAGAGGCCCGAAUUAUACCUGCGCAGCAAGCGGUACAGUUUGAAGUCAAAGAUCGGCUCCUUCGUGGUGUACUAGCAACCUGGGCGCAUCGAGCAAAGCAAGAAAAGCGAGCCGCUGCAGUCGAUCGUGAGAAGAUUUUGAAGGAGGCGGUCGUAACCUGGCGACAUAGACUGCGACAGAAGGCGAUUGCAGACAAGGUCCAAACCAGGGUCAAGGGCGAGUGCAUGUACAAACUAGUUCUUGCUCAAAGAUGUUGUACGAUGCAAAGGGCACGGAAGGAAGUCAAGCUUCGAGGCAUCCUUCAAAAUUGGGCCGACAAAGCGAUAGAUGCACGAGAGCUUCGACUCGAUCAAGAAGCCAUAGCGGACGAAUACGCCAAACAAAAGGCCCUAAACACCAUCUUGGGUCUUUGGUAUACACGAAUGGACUAUCAAAAAGAAAUGGAAGCGCAAGCUGUGGAAUUCGCAAAUUCAAGAUUACUGGAGGAGGCAAUAACAACUAUGCUUAGACGGGCUGAGGAACAGGCACGGCAUGUUCGGGGGCUUGAGACGAGGGCUGAUGACGUAGCCUACUAUUUCAGGGCUUCGAGGGCCAUGAAAACAUGGCGAGCAGCGGCAGCAUUCUCGGUCCGCGAGAAACAAAAGGCAGCCUACAUUAAAGUCAAACGAAUCGUCAAGCUUAAUAUGGCAAGGAAAUUCUUUCGCAGUUGGCGUGAAGAGGCAAAUCGAGUCAUGGCUCUCAACCAGCAAGCAAAAGAAGUAUUGCGCAACAAAGAUAUCGUCCGUGGAAUGGAGAUGUUUGACAAAUGGAGAGCCAGAACUGCUGAUGUUGAGGAUAUGGAGGAAAUGGCACGCGAACAGCAAUUGAAGAAGCACUUGGCCAUUUGGAAAUACAGAGCUGAUGAACAUCAAAUUCUGGAGAAUGAAGCAGAAAUAAUUUACGAAGAGAAUCGGCAAAAUCGGGCCUUCAAGAAAUGGAACCUUGCAACUCUCAGAAUCCAAGCCGAUGAGAACUACGCAGUUGAUAUAAGGGAGAAGAAUGCAAAGAAGCAUUUCCGGCAGAUGUUUACUCAUUGGCAACAGGCGGCAAUAGCAGCUAGCCAGCCACGACCACCACCGCCACCUUCCCCAACCAAACGCGAACCGCAAAAGGAUCGAAGAGCAUUUAUGACAAGUAUGGUUGGGGAGGCCCAGGCACAAAAAAGACCGGCUCAGGAGCCUUUCAGUAUGACUGAGAGGCCUCGGAAACGACAUACUGAGGCUUUCGACAUGACAGGAAGAUCUUCACUGCGUGUUCCUGAGAUUCUGAGACCAGAUAGAGGUCGCAGACGACCUCUGAGUAUGUCAGAAAGAACAUAUCGACCACCAGAAACACCAAAGAUUGCAGAGCCAGACGCAAGAAUGGAAACCUGGUCUGACUUUGGAGAGGGCGAUGAGGACCUGGUUCCUCCCAGGAUACCAGGAUAUCUAAAUACACCGUCAAGACGGCGCAAGCUCUCUACUACACCCAAAGCUCCUUUGUCCACGCCGUUUGAACGGCAACUUCGAGCACAGUACGGACAACUUCAUUCCGCCCGGGGCCGAAACCGGUUGGGAAUGAGUAGUCGAACGAUCAGUGGCUUCGAGGACAUCGAAGAGGCAUCAUUUUAACGAAUAACGAAUCACGAAAUAAGAAUCACGAAUCAUGAAUCAGCAUUAUACCACGAUUGUAUAUAUCACAUCAGGGACCUGGCGCGGGAUUGAUUAGGGAAAAGGAAAGGUGCAUUGCAUUGGGGCGUUUCUGGAGAUUAGAUUUUUUUUUUUGGAUUAGUAUUGGAUACCCUCGUGUUUUGGCAUCGAAUAGAUGCAUGUAGGCGUUUUUUGGUUGGACGAAUGGGAAGGGAGGAAAAGUAGCUAUAUUCUCUGGUUGGAGGAAAUGGCUUAUCGCGAUUCCUCCGGCCGUUGUGGAGAGAUACUGCAGCGGCAUAGAUGAGCUUGAAUGUUUAGCUCUACCUACGUAAGAAUAAUUCAAAUGAUAAGAUUAUCUUGCUGAGAACGUGAAGAUAGAGUAGCACUGUGUAAGUGUAUACUUGUUGCGAUGUUGUGUACGAGUUGCCGGGUAAUCUACUAGGAUAGUAGAUUUUGUAGUUGAGGGGUUGGCAGGUUGCGUUGCUUCGUGUCGUUGAGCUGGAGGAAAAGCGUAAUUAUGACGUCCAGGCAGGAAAUUGUUUUCGUCGUGAUUGUUAGUCAUAUGAGGGGUAGUAUUGUACCUAAAGGCACCUAAAGGGCCGUUGACCAUUCAGUGCCGCUUUUUUGGUGGAGGUUGGCUUGUGUCGUGAGAGGAGUGGAGGUUGAUGAUGAUCGUACAGGUACAGCGUUGUCCAGUGCGAUUAUCGAGAUAGCAAAUUUUGUCUCGGAUUUUACUGCCCCAGAUCCCCAAAUUUCAGAAAGGCUCGAUGACCACUUUCUGGUUCUGGUCUUUUCUGUGAAGGGCACCUUAAAUGGGUGAGAUGUUCGUCAUUCGCCCAGAUCCCAAGGAUUCGAGAGAGAGACGGCGAUGGAGUUGGAGCUGGAGCUUCCCAUUGGCCCGUCGACCCCUUGCACGAGCACGAGGCUUCAGAAGUCACGGCGAGGCAGACACCAGCAACCUGAACAAGAACAAGAACGUCUUGAGAAGCAACUACGGUGACAGCAAGGAAUUCACACCUUUUGAACGCAAAUUACUUCGUCCAUAUAUCCCACGAAACCGCAGAACCACCCGCAGCAGCAACAGGACCGCGACCGUUUUUGAAGAGGAGAAAGUGCGAUGCCCGGAGCUUGGUAGUAUGCGAGCUGUGCUCCCCGGAAGGCCUAGGGCGAAGUUCCAAGCUGUCUGUACGGGGUGUUGGGAUGGACGACGGAUUAUUGUUUGCAUCCCCUCUAUCUCUUUACAGGAGAAAAAAAGGGGAUUUUCUAAUAUUUUUGGGAAUUGAUAGGCUUAUAUUACUGGCAAUGCGUUCGUUGUCUUGACUGGACCGGAGACGAUUCUGCAAACGAUAUACGAUGAUGACGAGGCCGAGCUUGACGCUAUUGCGUUCGAUGAGGCUUCGGGGAAGAUAGCUACGUGUGUUGGCGGCGAUGUGAGGAUAUACAGGCCUUAUGGGCAGGAUGAGGGGGUGCUGAAGGUAUGGAGGUCUUUACUUGGGUUUUGAGGGUGGUGUUGGGCUGACGGUUACAGUGGGCUUUGCAACAUAGUUUUUCUGUUGAAGCGCCUAAUACGAAUGAGACGACGACGCUAUCUUGGGGUGUGGCCGAGGAGAUUUUGGUGGGAGGGGCUUGGUUGACUUUGUACUCGACGUUGGAGGGCGAGAACGAUGCGCCGACUCUGAUAUAUAAACGCCAACUUGCGAAUUCUGUGAAAUUCGCACAUUUUUCUUACGAUUCGGUGUUCAUUGCUUCGACGGGGAAAUGCGAUAGGCUGGUAAAGAUAUGGAAGAGGCUUUCUUAUGGGUCGGACGAUACGCGAUUCGAUUUUAGUUACCUACCUCAUCCUACGACGGUUACGAGCAUACACUGGAGAAGACCAUAUCACCUUGAUCAGACGAUCGAUAAUGUGCUCUACACGAUUUGCGCCGAUAACAAGCUACGAAUCUGGGCACCGACGGACUCGCAUGGGUUACAGUUCUUGCAGCUCUGGGGUGAGAUUGAUUUGAAGGAAUCCAUACAACCUAGAGGACUUGGGAUGGGGGAAAUAUCCAGCGUUCGGUACGCUUUUGUUAUUGAUGGAAGGGACUUUAUACUCGCGACCGAACACGCCGUUCAAGCAAGAGCAGCUUUGAAUGAGAAGGAAGACCAUGCCCUGGCGCACUUGAUUGAGGUCGCAAAUCGAAGCCCAGAGAUCUGUGUUGUGCUUGAUGGGCUGGGAAACAUGUCUGCUUGGGGUCUGGAAAACGUAGGUUGCAAAGCAAGACAGACAACGAAUAUUUUCAACGUUGCUCAUGUGGACGGUUUGGAAAUUGGGCUUCCGAAUUUUCUGACAGAGGACUCUUCAUAUGUCCAGUUCCACAACUAUUGCAAACCCGAUCAAGGAGGUCUCAAUCUACUGGUACAUCAUUUUGAUGGCAGGAUAGAGUUCUUUGAGAGUAAUGUUGCAGAUCUUUUUGAUCCUUCUCCUAGGAAAAAUAGGUUUACCCCGAAAGCAACGUGGACUGGCCAUGCUUCCACGGUUGGGAAAAUAAUUAGAAAUGUCAGUGGAAGAGCCGUGGUCUCAAGGACGAAUGGAAAUGAAGGGAUCGUAUGGAAACAUAUGAAUCGUGAGGGAGGAACUUCUGUACAACGCCAGAGUAUCAUCACCGAGAGCGAUCAUAUCCAUAGGAUCUGUGUGAUGCGAAAGGGCAAUUUUGUCAUAUAUUUACAUUAUGACAAAGUUGUACUUUGGGAUACCCGAAAAGCCCAGGGGACGCGCCUUGCAACAUGUUCCUAUACAGUUGAGGGCAAGCCACUUUGUAUUCUCAUGCUUCCUGAAGUUACAAAAGAGGGGCCUGUAGCUCACAUAGCAACCGUCACCUCCGAGAUGAAAGGUAUUGUCUGGGAGGUUCAACUUCCUCAAAGCCGUGGGCCUACAGAACAGAAUGGCUUUCCCGAACCCUCCAUCAGGGAGUUCUGUCAAUUCGAUCUUGGGAUCGAUGAUGAUGUUUCGUAUGUCCUGCCUGUAGACCCUGCUGGAUCGCCUCCAGUGAUUUCUGGCUUUCUCGAUACUUUCGCGAGAGAUAUUGCUAUUUCGUAUACGCAUUCCGGUAUGCUUCGAUCCUGGACCGCGAAGAUUGAUUUCGCGAAUCAGAAAGUUGAUUGGCUGGAGACCUGUUCUGUCGAUACCGGAAUAAGCGAACCCGCACUUGCGAGCGGUAGUUCCAUCCGAAAAGCCGCACUCGUGAAUUCUACCAGAUCCAAACUGACGAUCUGGGAUGUUCGGGGAGCUCAGCUCGAGUAUUCUGAAGACUACGAAUCGCAGGAUACGAUUCGAGAUUUGGACUGGACAUCGACACCGGAUGACCAGUCUAUUCUAGCUGUAGGAUUUCAGUACAGGGUUAUUCUACUCGCACAGAUGCGCUAUGACUACCUACACAAAGGUCCCGCGUGGGCUGCUAUUAGAGAGUUCAACAUCCGAGACCUCACACCCCAUCCCAUUGGCGACUCGACAUGGUUGGGAGGGGGGAAUCUCAUAAUUGGUGCUGGAAAUCAGUUAUUUGUGUUUGACAAGGCCGCUGAUACUGCGGCUCCUGUGGUGACGAAUCUUGGACUUGCACCCCAGAAAACUUGGAGUCUAUUCGAAGUUGUCUCCAGGUUAAACGGUCCUCUUCCAGUCUAUCAUCCCCAGUUCUUGGGCCAAUGCAUACUGGCUGGGAAGAGCGCACUCGUUCAGAAAGUUUUGAUUGCGCUGUACAAGACGCUCAAGUAUUAUGUUGAGAGUGAUGUAAUUGACAGUCAUCUGGGGAUGGACCUGGAGGAGUUUUAUGAAUCGUCCAAUGUAAGUCGUCUUCGUAUUCUGAAACUAUGGACAUAUUACCAACUAGUAUAGGCCAUAUCGUCCUCGACGACCACCAACAAAGGCUCAAAGGCUUUUAGCAAUUUCACGGAGGAAGAGGAUGAAGUGGAAACAGUCACAGAAGAGGUGGCACUUGCGAUCAACGAAAAGCUCGCCAAAGUCGCAUUGCCUCAACUCUCUAGACAAGAGCAAAUCCAUUUAGCUGAUACUGUCGAAUGUGUCUCGAUUGUUGAGAAACAACGGAGAUCCAUGGACGACAAUGCGGCUAGAUUUAUGCUUUUUUUCCGACAGCUUGCUCUGCGCAGAGGGAGAGCAAAUGAAGUCAGCAUCAGCUGGAGAGAAAUUGUUUGGGCAUAUCACAGUAACAGCCAGGACAUCCUAGUAGAUAUGGUAAAUCGACAAUUCCAUGGGAAGAUGUUAUGGGAGAAUGCCAGAGAGAGUGGAGUGUUCAUGUGGAUGACGGAUCUUAUCGCCCUGGUAGGAAUUCUAUGUGAAGUCUGACUGGGAAGUCAAUGCUAAUAACCUGGUUUCAGAAAUCCCAAUUCGAGAAUAUUGCCCGGAAUGAAUAUACCAAGAGCGAAAUGAAGAACCCCGUUGAUUGCACACUGUUCUACCUGGCCCUGAAGAAGAAGGCUGUUCUUCAGGGUCUUUGGAGAAUGGCGGCUUGGAAUCGGGAACAGUCUGCUACUGUUAAGCUUCUUAGUAACAACUUCCAGGAUAAGAAGUGGAAGACGGCUGCUAUGAAGAAUGCCUACGCAUUAUUGGGGAAGCGUAGGAAUGGUGAGCAAGCAUUAACUUAUAUCAUCGAAGUGGACUUAUUGCUAACUUUGCGAAUUAGAGUAUGCAGCAGCUUUCUUCUUGCUAGCGGAUUGUCUCAAAGAUGCCGUGAACGUGAUCUUGAAUCAACUUAAAGAUGUCCAGCUCGCGAUUGCGGUGGCUAGGGUGUAUGAAGGGGAUCGAGGACCCGUGUUAAGGGAACUUCUGCAGGACAAGGUACUACCGCUCGCUGCACAAGAGGGCAAUCGGUGGUUGGCAUCUUGGGCGUUCUGGAUGCUUCAUCGAAGGGAUAUGUCUGUACGAGCUCUUAUCGUAAGUCUUCUCUCCCUUCUUGUACCAAUACAACCUAACAAUUUCAAGUCACCAGUCUACACCCUGCUCGAAACGCCCCAAACACCAGACCUCCAAUCCAAACUCUUCCUCACCGACGACCCGGCUCUGGUGGUGUUAUACUCCCAGCUCCGCCAGAAAACGCUGCAGACCCUCCGGGGCGCCUCGAAGAUCACGCCGAAAGUUGAGUGGACGUUUGUGCUACACAACGCACGAUUGUACGAUCGCAUGGGCUGCGAUCUCCUCGCGCUGGAUCUGGUAAGGAAUUGGGAGUUCCUUCUUCCCGCUCCGACUGCGACGUCGCUGCAAAGUGCCCCUGGACUUAGGGGGAUGUUGAGGAGACGCAGUAGUCUUGUGGUUGCGGAUUUGCCGGCUGUCAAUGAGGGUGGGAUCGGUGGUUUUGGGGGCGCAGUUGGCGAGAUGAAGAGUGGUGGGGGCCUGGGGAAGGGAAAGCCGCCGCCGAGUGUUUUUGAGGAGCCGGAAACGAGUAGUUUGUUGGAUAGUUUUGGGUUCUAAGGGGGAGAUGGGGAGAUGCGUAGAUGGGCGGGGUGGGAGGCGUGUGUGUGGAAAGGUGGAUCUGUAUUUCUAUUGAUGGG